AUGACCUCGCACACCCUCGGUGCCUUCCGCAACCCUACUCUGGAGGAGCAGUCUCAAGCGCAGCAAUCAGAAUGUACCUUUUGUCAAAUCGCCUCUGGCUCUAUCCCCGCCCACACGGUGUACGAGGACGCACAGACGCUCGCCUUUUUGGACAUUCUGCCUAUCCGCAAAGGACAUACGCUGGUGGUGCCUAAGCGCCAUAUCGGGACAUUAGGGGAGAUGGAUGAUGGCUCGGCUGAGAGCGUUGCUAGGACUCUGGUCAAGGUGACAAGAGGGGUGGGAAGGGCGAUGGGCGACGAUCGAUUACAGGCAAUUACCAACCAGGGAUACGCACAAAUCGUGCCGCAUGUCCACUUUCACAUAGUACCAGCUCCACCUAUACCCGGCGCGGCUUCUUCCUCUACUUCUUCAAAGAUGACAAGCUCUAGCAAGACCCAAAGCCAAAGCCAACGGAAACCCAAUGCACUCAGUCUUUUCGGCCAUGGACGCGAAGAGCUCGAUGACGAUGAAGCAGUCGAGCUCGCUGGCAGGAUCAGGGAGGGGAUCCGCCAGACGGAGCAGGAGCGACAGUCCCGGGAAAAGGCAAAGCUAUGA